AUGAGCCGCAACAAUGUCCGUGGGCCAACCUCUGCGUUGACAGAGUUCCUGAGGGCAUCUGGCAUAACACCGUCAACCAUCGCCAGCAGGGCAGCAACGAGGAACCAGCAACGCGCAGAGGAACAGCCGGUUGCAGGGCCUAGUCGUGCAGCCAAUGUAGAGGAGGCCGAACCCGAGACUACCGAGAGGCGGAGGAGGCCACGUCGGAGGGCAUCAGGGUACGCAUCGGAUGAGCUAGACGAACCUGAAGGAGAAGCAGUAGACGAAGACGCGAUGGAUGUGGAUGAAGAAGAAGAGAAACCUACACCCGCAAAGAAACGCAAACUCACAAAGGCUGCCGAGGCCAAGCUGAAAGCCAAAGAAAAAAAGAAGCGGGGUAAAAAGGACGAUGACGAAGAUUAUGAAGACGAUGAAGAGGAAGAUGCGUACACAGCGCUGUCUAGGAACAUGAUGAAAAACGCUGCUUCGAAACCACCCAUUGGCAGCUUUGAGAAAUGUGCUGUUUGUGGAAAGCAAUUCACAGUGACAAAGUACACUAUGGCUUCUGGCUCUGGGGGCGGAUUUCUUUGCCAUAAUUGUGCAAAGGCUGGCGGAAACGACCCAUUCAAGAAACCUGCGGUGCCGAAGAAAAGAAAGGCACCGGCAGACAAGAGGACCGUUACAAACUUUGAAGAAAAGCGAUUCCCAACAUUGGUGUCGCUCUGUAUUCAGCUCAUCACGAAACAUAUCAACGACAUUGAUGCUCUUGGCGACAUCGGUUCAAUGAAUGUCGAAGCAAUUUCAAAGGCACUGUCGAAAAACAGAUCAUUGACCCAAGAAAACGUCCAUCUGUUCUACAAUCCUGCAAAUGCAUCUCUAGCCCUCUUCGAUGCGACAAAUCUACCUUCUCCCGCUCUUGAAACCCUCGCGUAUCAUAAUGCAAACCUUGUUUCAUUACGUCUUGAUUUCUGCGGCCAUCUUGAUGAUACCGCUUUCAAGGUAUUCAGUACCUCUCUUCCGGCAUUGAAGCGUAUAGAACUGCUCGGUCCCUUCCUUGUUCGUUCCCCUGCAUGGCAAGAGUUCUUCAAGUCGCACCCCAUCCUCGAAGGCUUUCUCAUCACCCAAAGCCCAAGAUUUGACGAUGAAUGUAUCAAAGCACUCGUCAAGAACUGUCCUGACAUCACAGACCUGCGUCUGAAAGAAGUGGGAAAACUAGACGACUCAUUCCUGGACCAAAUCAAGCUCUUCAAACGCGGACUCAGCUACUUGGAUUUAUCGGACCCAAGUCACUCGUGCAGCGAGAAAGCGAUGAUUGCGUUGAUUCGUGCUGUUGGGAAGACGCUGACCCAUCUCAACGUCUCUAAUCACACCGAUCUCGGUGACCAGUUCCUUGCCAAAGGGCUUCUUCCUCAUGUCAAAACUUUGGAGAGUUUGGUGCUGUCUCACCUCCCUGAGUUGACCGACUCUGGGGUGUCCGAGUUCUUUGAAAAUUGGACUAGAAACAAUCCUCUCACUUCGAUGGAUAUAUCUCGCAACGAGACUCUUACUGGAAUUUCACUGAAUAGCAUUCUCAAUCACUCUGGGGAUGGCUUGUUGGAGCUAAAUAUCAACGGGUUGAAGGACGUGGAAGAAGAGGCAUUGAGGAAGAUCGGACCGACGUGCCCUGCUCUGAGGAAACUCAACGUCGGCUUCUGUCGAUGUGUGGACGACUUUGUCAUAAAGGCGUGGUUGGAGGGUGAGGUCGACAAGGGUGUCGGCAGUGGAUUUUGCAGUCGUUUGGAGGAGCUCAAGGUUUGGGGAUGUAAUAAAGUCACUCUUUCGUGUCCUAAAAAGAAGGGCGUGUCCAUCUUUGGUGUGGAGUUCCACAGAGCACGUUGA